AUGCUCCUGCUCCUGGUCUUCCUGGUGUCUAUCCUACCACUCAGCACUGAUGGAGGAAAAAUCUUUUGGGGUACAGAGGCCAAACCUCACUCCCGGCCUUACAUGGCAUUCAUAAAAUACUACGAUAGCAACUCAAACAUCCGUCGCUGUGGUGGUUUCCUUGUGGAAAAGGACAUCGUAAUGACAGCAGCUCACUGUCAUGGAAGAAAUAUGAGAGUAACCUUGGGUGUUCACAAUAUCAGCGAAAAUAAAACCAUCCAGGUCAUUCCCAUUCAAAAAACCAAACUUCACGAGGCCUUUAAUAACACAACACUGGUUAAUGACAUCAUGCUACUAAAGCUGGAACGCAAAGCUCAAAACAAUAGUUUUGUGAAGACCAUUGCCCUGCCAAAGAGCCAGGACUGGGUGAAACCUGGAAAGGUGUGCACAGUGGCCGGCUGGGGUGAACUGCGCAAUUGUGCCCUUCCUGACACACUUCGAGAAGUAAACCUAGAAGUUCAAAAUAGCCAGAAAUGCCAAGAAAUGUUCAAUGGCUACAACAACUUCACCCAGAUCUGUGUGGGAAAUCCCAAGGAGAAGAAGGCUACUGGUGAGGAAGAUUCCGGGGGACCCUUCGUGUGUGACAAUGUGGCCCAGGGCAUUGUCAGCCGACACCACUGCACUGGGGAAAUUCCUCAGGUAUUCACCAGAAUCUCCAGCUUUAUACCUUGGAUUAAGAAAACAAUCAAACUCCUUCAACAACCAUAGAAGACUAAACCUGUGUCUGGCCCAGUGUUUAACACCCGGGGAUACAACAAUCUGAGUCUUAAUAAAGAAAUUCAU